UGCGCGAGCUUUGUGUUUCUAUCCCAAAGACAUCUUUGGACGGCGACGGCAGUUGUAAGGGUUGGAUCAACGAGGCUAGCAUGGCAGACAAGUGACGCUCCUGUAGGGCUCGAUGAGUAGUGAAAGACGAUGGUGGCGGCUUAUAGGUAUUUGGGUAGUCGUGCUGAUAGGUGUUUGGUCGGCGGCAGGUGCUUGGUGAAGUUGUUGACCAGUCACUUCAAGAACGACUAUUAUUUAGUUAUGUAUCACAACUGUAAGGACGGCCCACAGCGAGCGUUUCGGGAAGCGCAGGGAUCAGUAGAAACGGACGCGAUACGGAUGCUGCCAGGCGUGAUAGCUCGCCCCGAGCAUGGCAUGGCCGUCGAGUUGCAGUCUGGCGGGAUGUUUGGUUGCAGCAAAUCAGUCCAAGUGGAUCAACGCGGCGGGGGACAAGAGCCCUUCACCGUGACAUCAAGCUUCGCUAUGACUCUCAAUCGUCCCUCGAGACUCUCUCAACACGGCACCAGCAAUAAGCAUUCUCGGCUUGUGUGUCCUGAUAAGGCUUGGCCGCACUCUAGCCACAAGACCUUUACCCAGUGUUGCAACCCUCGGCCUGCCCGCGAUUGCCUUAUCGUUAAUUAUUUCCUGUCUUCGCAUGGUCAUCACGAACUUCUGGAUGAUGUUACAUCGGCAUUCCGCGAUCGGCAAGGUGGUCCGUGAUCGGGUCUGCCGCAAGCCUCUCGUUCUCAUGCAGAGCCGCGCGUGCUUCCACCUUCUAGGUGCUCUAUCACCAUCUUCUAGCUGCUAUACCGACAAGCGUCUUCAUCUCAUGCGACGAACAUCUUCCUGUCACAUAUGUAUCUAUUCAAGUUGUGAACGUGCCAUCGUAAAGUGACU